AUGGCAUUAGCUGAGAAUGGUAAUAAUAGCCAAAGUACCAGAAUUCCAGUGAAUAGUGAUGCCACUACAAUGUCUACAAUCUCCCCAAUCUCCCAAACAGAAAGCGAAACCAGUGAUAUAACAAGUAGUAUCCAAACAAAGAGUUUGCAAACGAACACUAAUGGAACGACAAAGGGAAGUCAAGGAUCCUUCACAGCACAGAAAACAACCAUAGGGCAAAUUCAGACCACGGAAAUGGGAUCUGUAGUACCUUCAAUAACGAACAAAUUAUCAAAGAAACCGACAGACUUAUCGAAUCAAAUAAAUACAUCAUUCUUUAUGAUCCCCUCUACAACGACGUUACAUGUGUCUUCUCCCUCUCAUUCUUCUGAAAUUCCGAUUAAAACCACAUCAACAGGUGCUAUAAAGCCUUCAGAAACAUUAUCAACGACACAAAUGUCCAGUAAAGAAACGAAACCAAUUAGCAACACGUUAUUGAUCUCAUCAGAGAAGACAUCAACAAAACAAACGGACAUCACUUCAUAUCAAAACAGGCAAACAACAGAAAACCAUUUGAAUAACGUUAUCUCUCAAAAUUAUACGGAACAGAAAUCAAAUUUUGAGACAUCAACGAUCGGAAUCACAUCUUCACCAUUUACAGUAAUGAGAUCUUCUACACCACAUGUCAUCCAUUCGGAAUCAACAACAGAAACUUCCACAACAAAUAUAUUCAAUGAGUCUAGCGUAUCACAACCAUCAUUGAAAGCUUCUAAAUCAAUGAUAUUCGCAACAACACUCCCUUCAGCAGAAGCAAAAUCAACCUCUCCAUCAAAACAAACAAUGUUGACUUCAGAAGAAAUAAAGAAAACUACAAUUAAUGAGUCUGAAAUGCAGGAAACAACUGUGAAAGUAUCAGCUUCGCUUUAUCCGAAUAUAAUGCCCUCAAUAUCUACAGGGGAAUCAUCACGAGAAGUGAAUUCAGUACUUCCACACCAAACUUCUCUCGAAACUUCGACUGAAAAAGACUUCACGUCUUCAACAACAAAACAAGCUUCUAUAAUAUCCUCGAAGAAAUCAACAUUAGGAGUUACGAAUGAAUCAUCAGUAGAAUCAUCAACAAAUGACAAUGAAAAAUCCACGAUUGCAACGUUAGUUCAUGGCUCAAAUCCACCUCUUACGCAGAGCUUAUCAACAAAGAAGAUACCUGGCAUGAACACAACCACGAGCUUUUCAACAAUACAAGUUAAAAGUUCACCUAACACAUUCCACUCAGCAACAACAAAAACCCCAGAACAGACAUCCUCCUUAGUGGUCGAAUUGUCAUCAUCUGGUUUGACCACCAAGGACAGAUAUUCUACAACAGAAGUUCAGAGUGUACCGAACACAUCCCAGUCAGUAACUUCAAUGCCUUCAGAACAGACAUCCUCCUUAUUGGUCGAGCUGUCAUCAUCUGGUUUGACCACCAAGGACGGAUAUUCUACAACAGAAGUUCAGAGUGUACCGAACACAUCCCAGUCAACAACUUCAAUGCCUUCAGAACAGACAUCCUCCUUAGUGGUCGAAUUGUCAUCUUCUGGUUUGACCACCAAAGACGAAUAUUCUACAACAGAAGAUAAAGGUGUACGGAACACAUCCCAGUCAGCAACAACCAUACAAUCGGAACAGACAUCCUCUUUUGUUGUCGAAUUGCCAUCUGAUGAAAUGACUACCAAAGACGGAUAUUCAACAACACAAGUAAAAAGUUCAUCUAACACAUUUCAGUCAGCAAGAACAAUACCUUCAACUUCCACAAUAUCGCCGAAAGUGAACACACAAGAUUCUUUUACAGAUAUAACGAAUGCAUAUCUCUCACGUGCUUCAUCAACAACUGAAGAGUCAUCAGAAUUGGUAAGUGAUAACACAACAACAAUGUCCACAAAACAAGCUAUCAUUUCCAUAACAACAAACACUACACUGGAGCCAUCAACGGAAGGAAAAACAUCGUCAUCAUCUGAUGAAAGUACAUUAUUAACAACAUUGUUAGGUAUUGAAUCUUCAACAACCGGUGACUCUACAGUAAACACGUUGUUUGUUACAAAACCAGAAACAUCAAAUGGUCAAAGAACACAAGACAUUACAAAUAUGAAUGCAGUAAGUCAGAAAAUACAUUCCACCACUGGAACACCUGCUUAUAGCACAACAUCGCUUUUAACCGAGGAAACCACGACAGAAUCAUCGGAGAAACACCCAAUUUUAAACAACUAUUCAAUAACUAAUAGUCAAGAUACUCUAACAACUUUUCACUCAACUUCAACAUCAAAGCCAGGCGAAUCAACAGAAGCUCAGUACUCAACGACACAUUCAAUUCAUAUGUCAUCAUUUGGAAGCACUGAUGAACAGUCUUUGACAUCAAAAGAAAAUGUUGCAAUUACAACUGGUCAAAUUUUAUCUGUAGCCUCUUCCAAAACAAAUACACAAGAAUCACUAUCAACUUCCGGUGAAAUUCUUUAUACAUUACCAACAACAUAUGAAGGAGCAACGACUAAAAAUAAAUUAACAGAGAGUUCUUCCACAAAAAUAGAUGAGGGUUUUUCAACAAAAGAAGUUAACACUUUAACAACAGCUUUUCAAUCAGCCAUAACAACUUCUGAACAGAUAGCAUUGUCUACUGACGAAUUUUCCAAUGUAUCUGCACAAACUUCAUUCACAGAAACAAACUAUGGAUCAACAACCAAAGAAUUGUCAGGUUUGACAGAAAUUCAGACUACAAUAACUACCGACCAACCAAUUAAAACGAAAAUUGUUACAUUAGAAAACACUAAAUUUACAGGUUCAACAGAUGAAGAAACAACAAUGUUUGAAAUGCCCUCAACAGCUGGAACUGUUUCAGUAAAUACGUUAGCACGAACAGAAAAUCCAAACACUGACUUUUCAUCAAUAAUAAUUGACCUUUCGACGUCGAAGACCCAGAAAACGACUCCCUUAGAAAACCAUAUCACCACAGAUGAUAUGAAAGAGACAUCAACUGCCCAACAAUCACCUAAUGGCCAUACUUACCAUCCAGUACAUUCUUCUACCAUUAAUGGACCAGACAAUUCAAAAACGACUGAGGAAUUAUCAAUACCCCAUACAAAAGAAACCACGCCUUUUCAACAAAAAACAGUAAGAACCACAGAUGAUGUGUUCAAAGAAACAACUAUGGAAUUUAUAUCGACUUUUGAAUCAACAAAUUCAAAACCUAUUUCAACUGUUUCUCCGUCUUCAGAGACGAUCACCAGCUCGUUGAAUGAAACAGAUGUGACUUUGGUUACGACAUCGAUUCAGUAUUCAAGUGUUUCGAAACAGUCAACUCAACAUUUAGCAAAAGAGACAUCUGUGCAACCUCCUGUCGGUGGACUUCUUACAACGAUUAAAUCAGGAACAGAAACAAUUGAAACAACAACCGAAGAUGUAGAUACUGAUGAAACCAUAGACAUUUCGACAUCAAAGACUCAAGAAACGACUCCUUUAGAAAAUCAUAUCACCACAGAUUAUAUGACAGGUGCAUCAACAGACGAACAAAAUCCUAAUGGUCAUACUAGCCAACUAGUACAUACUUCCACAAUAAAUGCACCUGACAAUUCAGUAACCACUGAGGAAUUAUCAAAAUACAAUACAAAGGAAACCGUUCCUUCUCAACCAAAUACGUUAAGAACGACAGAUGGUGUGUUCAGUGAAACCACUGUGGAAGUUCUAUCAACUUCUGAGUCAACAAAUUCAAGACAUAGUUCAACAGUUUCUUCGUCUUCAGAGGCAAUCACCAGCUCGUUGAAUGAAACAGAUGUGACUUUGGUUACGACCUCGGGGCAGUAUUCAAGUGUUUCAAAAGAGUCAACACAAAAUUUAGCAAAAGAGACAUCAGUGCAACCUCCUGUCAGUGAGCAUUUAACUACGAUAGCAUUGGGAACAGAAGAAAUCAAAACAACAACGGAAGAUAUGGAUACCGAUGAGACAAUGAUUCAUAAAGAAACAACUUAUUCUUUAGUAACUGAUGUAACUUCUCAAAAGAAUACAACGUUUUUGUCGAAUCAACCAACGAGAGAAAAUACACAUUCUACUGCAACAAUUUCUCCAUUGGUAUCAACAAAUAUCAUUUGGAAAUCAAGUACAGUCGCAAAUCUUUAUUCAACAAGUGAUGCACAAAUCUCAACGGUGACAGGAAAAUCUUAUCCAAAUACGACACCACAAGGUUUAUCUCAAACCACAUCCAUCCACAAGGACACAACUAAUUCUUCUAAUGCAUAUAUAAACAAUACAACCUCGAAAGAGGUAUCUACUAUCGUUUCCACAAUCAAAGAUAAAACUAACUCUACUUUCAAUCCCCCUAAAACAACAUUAUUACCGACAGAGACGAGUCUCAGGGUGACAGAAGAAAACACGGUGCCUACGACUGUAGAAUCAGCAACAUCUGAAAACUCUAAUGCUCCAUCCAAAAACGCUUCGUUCAAUCCCCUUGUUACUUCAAAACCAACUGCAUCGAAUAUGCUCACAAGUAUUUCCACUGAUCAACCUGAAAAACCUGUUCAGACCAUGGCUGUCCAGACAUCUAUAAUUGUUAAUGACAAAACAUCUGAAAGCGUCAUAACAACAAAAAGUCCCUCUAUUCAAACAAGAAUGACAACGGAUAUUAAGGAAUCGAGCAAAAUUACAACAAAAGACUUUUUAUCUACUGAUGCGUCUACUAUACAAACAAAAACUUCAGAACCAUUACCGACAUCUUUAACACCAGUGACACAAACAGUGAAUCUGACGACCACUGAAUCAAAUGGGACUCCAAAUACAGGGUCUGCCUACUUUGAAUUUGAGAUCGUAAUUUGGAUAUCCGGAAAAUUUAGUGCAAACCUUCAAAGAAACUCUACGUUUACGAAUGAAAUUAUAUACUUGGUGAAGAACAACUUCCUUCCUUUGCAAUACCGGCAAAGUACCAUUUUUAAUCUCCAGGUUUUCGCUAUAACGGAGGGAAGCAUUAAAGUACAUGUACAUUCGAAAGUCUUCGUUCAAACCUUGCGGCGGAUGAACAUCACAAUAGGGGACCUUGUACGCAAUGUAGUUCACCAGGUCGAUUCUGUAGAGUUUUCUACCAUAAGCACUUCCCAAGGAAAUAUUUAUGACAACAAAGAAGAUAUAAAGAGAGCAUUCAUCAAUCACGAUAAUGAUACAGAAUGUGAAGCAGUAGGUAUUUGUGACACUACGGAAGAUUGUACUUCGUCCGUCAACAAUUAUACCGCCAUAUUAUGCAAUCUGCACCGAUUCGUCUGCUCUCUUGAAUGUGGUCCAAAUGGCGCAUGUGUCAAUACUAGUGGCAUCUCUCAUUGCAGAUGCAACUCAGAUUGGCUUAAUAUCUAUUAUGGUUUGAAUUGCGAAAGUAGAGCUGUUUCUUUGGAAGCCCAACUGGGUAUUACCUUCGGAUGUCUUGGAGUUCUGAUGAUUUUUAUAUUCAUAGGAUGCCUUGUAAGAUCUCGAAACAGAAAUAAAGAAAGCUACUAUGAGGACGAUGGCAUGGGAGGCUGGCGGGGGUUUAACGGCGGUGAUUCCCGAUGGUCGACGUUUUCGGGGAGAUACUCUACUCGGGAGGUUCCAUACAAAAGGUCCUUGCGUGAUGGAAAAUACUUGGUACCCGCACAUGACCCUUUCGGUAGUGGUCGUAUGACCAGGCCAGGCCUGUACCUCCCUAGAAAUGAAGGGAUGGAUACCAGUUUUAUAGAUAAUGUUCCAAGCUACAGCAAAUUCAAUUUAGAUGCAGACUUUACCAUACGAAGACCUGCUGUAUCGAAAGAACCAAGUGCAAUAUAUUUGAAUGACCAAUCAUGGAGAUUUACAGGAUACACAAACAAUGCCUUUUACAAUUUUGUGGAAGAGAGAACUCAACUUUAAAUUGAAUGCAUUUAAUUAGAAAAUUCACAAUUAUUUCAAUGUAAAAAUGAAUUUCUUCUAUCUUUUCAUUUGAAAUUAUUUACGUUAUCUGUAUCUGUAAUAAUCUGUACAUUAUUAUUCAUAUACAUGUUUAAUAAAUCUAAUACACAAGCACA